AGAAUUGUGGUCAAAUGGCGUCUUCUUUCAAGGGAUUUUUAUGGUCCAUCUAAUUCUCCCAUUCUCCCAUAACGGAUUCUGAAUAGGACUUUCAAGGGAAAACAAUAACCUCCAUAUGUAGCUAUUGAAAAUGAUUGUGGCAAUCUUGUAUAUCUAAGACCGUUAUGCUAGCAGAGCUAGAAUAAUAUGGACGUCGCCCAGAUGUUUUAGGGUAGAGAUUCUGAGCCUUUGGAGCUGUGUAUCAAACCGUUAGCUCGUUAAUGUGUUCAACAUUAAAACGAUAAGGGGUUUAAUGGUCACGUUAGUUAGUAUUACAACGUAUUGUCUUUCCGGCUGUUUAUUUAGUCAAUCGUGGGACAUGCGCGGUGAAUUGUAUCUUGUUAUUUCUUUAUGGGCUUUCGUUUUAAGUAACGUUAACGUUACUGUUUUGAUCUUUUCAUCGAUGGACUUGGACGUCGCAGACGGAUGUCUAUGAAGCAUGCCAUGUGAUACUCCAGUGUUCUACCAAAGUAGAAGGCACUUUGCGCUUCGUUGCAUCAAUAAUCCAAUUGAUUUGAUAAUCUGGGGAAAACUCAGCGAUUUACCAGCUAUCCAUUCUUUCGGAUCUCCCAGUUUAAACGUAGAUCAACAAUAUACAGAUCGUAGCAUACUACAGAAAGUUUUCUUGGCCUUUGAAGGUGAAGGCAUUGACCAGAAGGCUUCCCUUUACAUCAGAUGCAGGGCGACUGAGCUGCUUGCGAGAAUCGGAGAACAAACCGAGGACGACGGUGCACAUGAUGACCACCGCCAGGUACCGCCCUACCUGGGACCUGGCUCUGGACCCUCUGGUUUCCUGCAAACUAUGCCUCGGCGAGUUCCCGCUGGAACAAAUGACCACCAUCACACAGUGCCAAUGUGUCUUCUGCACACUGUGCCUGAAGCAGUAUGUUGAACUCCUGAUCAAAGAGGGCCUCGAAACUGCUAUUAGCUGUCCUGACUCUGCUUGUACGAAAAGGGGACACCUACAGGAGAGUGAGAUUGAGUGCAUGGUUGCCACAGAAAUAAUGCAGAAGUACAGGAAGUUGCAGUUUGAGAAGGAGGUGCUGCUGGACCCGUGCCGGACCUGGUGCCCAUCUUCGACGUGCCAGGCGGUCUGCCAGCUGAAGGAGACGGACAUGCCGCUGCCUCAGCGGGUGCAGUGUGCCGUCUGCAGCCUGGAGUUCUGCUCAGCCUGCAAGAUCCGCUGGCACCCGGGCCAGGCCUGCCAGGAGAGCCUGGCCAUCACCGCCUUCCUGUCUGGAGAGACCAGGUCUUUCUAUAAGACAGAUGAGGAUGACGCUCCGAUCAAGCGGUGUCCAAAGUGCAAGGUUUACAUCGAGAGGGACGAGGGAUGCGCCCAGAUGAUGUGCAAGAACUGUAAACACGCCUUCUGCUGGUACUGCUUGGAGUCACUGGACGAUGACUUCCUCCUGAUCCACUACGACAAAGGGCCGUGCCGGAACAAGCUCGGCCACUCCAGAGCGUCCGUCAUCUGGCACAGAACACAGGUGGUGGGGAUCUUCGCGGGUUUCGGGCUCCUCCUUUUGGUGGCCUCGCCCUUCCUCCUCCUAGCCACCCCCUUCGUCCUCUGCUGCAAGUGCAAGUGCAGCAAGGGGGACGACGACCCCCUGCCCACCUAGCGAGGGCCCCGCCCGGACAGCCCCCACCCAGCAGGGUUGCUUCUCCUUUUCUUGUUUCUUUUUUCCUCCUUCCAGCCCAGAGCCCAGACAUCUUUGUUCGGCUUGGGAGGGGAUGUUUCCUGCAUCGUCUCGUCUCUAAGUGGUCUUUGUGGGAGUGCACCCCCCCCCUGGUCUAGUCGGGGAGGACUGGUGGAGGACCCCGAGCACAGGAGGACCGGGGCUUUUCAUGCGGCGUGCGGGCAUUUGAGAAUAUGCGUCUCGUUCGUUCCUUAUGAAUUUCACUGUUAAUCAAUGUGAAAACAACGUCCGCUUAACCACUGUUGUUUGCAACAGUAAUAUGCAACCGUGGUGCACACCAACUGCAAUCUAACAGAAACUGUAGAAUUCAACAACUAGGCUACAUCAAUCCAGUUAGGAAGUACUGCAAAAAUAAUUUCAAAAUAACUCUUCUAAAGCUGUUUUUAUUUGAAGAGGGCUUUCAUGCAAAUUGUAAAUAAUGUGCAGGGUAAUUCAUCUCAAGAGCAAGAAUCCCUAGACUAAAAACUUGAGCAUUUAGCUGCAACGUGUAUGUCUGUAUAUAGAAUAUAUAAAUCAAGUUGUAUAUGAUUUAAAAGUGAAUUCAUAUCAAACGCAUGGAUUUAGCAAGCCAGAUGAUGUGUGAUGUGUAAACAUCACGUCUUAUCGGAUGCACCUCUGGCUCUACUAUAAAACAACAUGGGCUGGUAUAUGAAAAAUAAUAUCAGGGACUUUGAAAACAUUUCUUAAUCCUUUCAUCAGGUGAAAGCCCACUGUCUUGAGUGUUUAAUCAGGACCACUGUAGCUAUUCCUAUGUGUAGCACCUCGGGUGAUUCUGGGGAAAAGCUGAAACCCAAGGGAUGCUUUUGGUUGGAUGUGCCAAGCAUUUAGCCCAUAUAAGUGGGUGGUUUUGUAAACAACGUUCACUCUAUGGGAUUGAAAGGGGCUUGCCCAGUCCACGCGUUGUACAAUAUGUAGCCCAAGCACAUUCAGUUGGCUCGCGAGUCCUGUAUAAAAACAAACAAUAUAUUUUCAGCUUCUUUUUUUCUCAUAGCAGAAAGCAUUUCACCGCUGCUGUUUUUGUGUUUGUUGAUUGAUUUCUUUUUUUGUGUUUUUUGUAUGUCUGAUUUUACUCUUUCGCAGUGGUUCUUUUUCCAGUGUUAGUCGACUUCAUGAAGAAAGUUUGAGAGUAUUUCAUGAUUAAGGUCAAUAUUGUUCCAUAAUUGAAUUAUUAGCCUUUCCAGUUUCUUUUAAUCCUUUGCUUGAAAUUAUGUCACUUGUUUAUGCUAAUAGCACGUCUUUACACACACACACUACCCAUUAUGAAGAGUUUGUUAGAAUACUGGGCUAUGGACAGUGUUCAUUAUGAAGAGUUUGUUAGAAUACUGGGCUAUGGACAGUAUGUGUGGUUUCGAACAACAGUAGCCUGAUAAAUGUUUGAUCAUUUUUCGGAAGUGCCAAGUUGAGCAUGUUCAAGUGUCUGCAGCUGGUGCAGUUUCAUAACAGUGAAAAUUAUAAACAUGGCCACAGUUUCGAUUACCACAUCUACACUCCAAAUCUAAAAAAAGAAAAAUUCCACCCUCAGCUGCAGGAUUUUUCCUUGUUUAUCUGGCUUUAUCUGCUGAUGCUUCAUUUGAAAAAUAGCGGCAUGCGAUAAUGUAGCAAACUCAACCCCACAUAUACAGUGCAAUCAAUAAGAAUUUGGACAGUGACAAAUGUUUCAAUUGUUUUGGCUCUGUUCUCCAGCACAUUGAAUCUGAAAUAAAAUAAAGACUAUGAAGUUAAAGUACAGACUUUUAGGAUUUUGCUGGAUUUUUACAUCCAUAUUGGGUGAACAGUGUAGGAAUUGUAGCCGUUUUUAUAUAUAGUACCCCCAAUUUUAGAGGACCAAAAUCCUUUGAAAUCAAUGACUGCCUGAAGUCUAUGACCCACAGACAUCAUCCGAUGCUGGGUAUCUUCCCUGGUGAUGCUCUGUCAGGCUUGUACUGUAACCCUCUUCAGCUCCUGUUUGGGGCCUAUUUGCCUUCAGUCUGGUCUUCCACAAGUGAAACAGUUGUUUUAUUUCAAAGGUUUGUUUGCUGGAGUACAGAGCAAAAACCACAAAAUAGUGGUUCAGCUCACAGUCCAAAUACUUACGGACUGCACUGUACAUGAAAAGAAAAGAAAGAGACAAAGCUAUGUCAAACCCAGUAGUCCUGGUCUUCAUUUAGUGCAGGUGGGUUAUUUUUAGCUAGGCAACCCUGGAGGGGCCUUGUACCUGCAGGACUACUCAACCCUGGUACUGUUGACCAAUAGUGCCUGCAGGCCAAUCCGAUCCUGGCCAGGAGGUCAUCGGUGCCUGUACGGCUACUCAACUGUGGGCCAGGUGAUUAGUACUGGAUGCAGGCUUUAGGUUCAGCCAAAUCAAAUGACUGAUUCGAUUUACCUUCCCUUGCUUAAUUCCAAGGCUUUUAAGAGGGUCGUAGCGCUCGACCUGUGGUCUGUAGAACUGCCGGACACUUAAACCGGCAGUCAGCAGCCAAAAACUGAACAAUGUUUGCCUUAAUAUUUGGGUUGCUCAUUUCUAGCCUCAAGUAAUGUUCUUUCGUCGAUCCCACAUAAUCACCUUAAUGUGGUUUGCACAUACAGUCCCUCCAUAUUCAGCUUGAGGUUUCUUCAGUCACUGUAGAAAGGCCAGUGGCUAAUUUGCACUAUUGAAAGGGUCCAUUUCAUAAUGACAAUCAUGCCAUUCAUACAAGAAAAUCUUGAGGUCAUGGCAGGAGAUGCAUUUUGAAUUGGAAUAACCAUUGUGCAGGUUUAUAUGUGUUUGAAUCAAGAAGAAAAAGAGAUUAGGAGUUUGAGAAUUAGUGAUUUUUGAAGAAUUGUAUUUGUAAGGGGCAGACCUACCUUUACCUAGAGUUUGAUACCCUGGGGAGAGAGUAGCUAGAUGUCGAGCCUGUGAAUGAUUGGAACAUGUUACAGCAUGUUUUUUUAUUUUUUAUUUAUCAGUCUCCGUAACAACAGGGUGUGGGGGUGUCAACAAAUUAGGUUUAUUUUGGGCCCUGGAAUUAAUAUGAUAGACCCCAUUUGAUUCCAUUUUUCCAAUUCCAUUUGCAUAAUUUAAGUGUGUUUCUUUGGUCUUUUGUGUAACGGACAUUUAUAUAAAUAAGACAUCGCCUUCAUCCCAAACCCAUUUGGAUCCAGUCCGUCCAUUGAAACACAGAUCAACAGUGGGCUACAACAUUACAAAGCAAUCAUACCGGGCCAAACUUAACUUGCAUAACUGAUUUGUUCCAAAUUAAUGUGUGAUUUAAUUCACAUCAAAUAAGUCUAGUUUUGAAUACUUCUCUACAAAUACAUUCAUAAAUGACCAAAUGUUCAGUGUAUAAAUGAUUGAAUGCUUUUAUAGAAUAUGUUUACUUGAACUUUUGAGUUGAUUUAACACUAGGCAUUUUUCUGCAAAGGGGCUAUAUAGGCUAUAUUGGUGAAUUUAGUUUACCUCUACUAGAAAGAACACGUCUCACCUCUGUUACUGCAUGCUUCACAUCUAUUCAUUGGGUUUAUGAAAUAAUUGCGCUGACAUUUCUAAAAAAGCACAUUACUCUGACAUGCACAAACAAUACCCCUUCUUCUCAUGAACUUGCCUUCAUUGUUUAGUUUGCCUUUUUAAAACGUAACACUAAAAAAUAUAUAUUUUUUGUCUUUUUAAUAAGAUAAUUGUUACAUAUUGCAUUUGUAUUUCCUGUAAAUGGGAAGGAAUUCUACCUGUAAAAAAAGAUUUAAUCUUGUAUUUUGGCAUGUGUGGAUAAUGUAUUGUAUAUACAAAAUUGUAGUUGUCCCUGCAGAAAAAUCUAUGUAUUUACACGUAUCUAUUGUGCCACCUAACACUGUGACAUAAAAAAAAAAGUGUACAAA